UACACCAAACACUUGUCGUUGUCAUAUCAUAUCAUUCAUUGACAGAAUCUUAUGUACGCGGCUAUUUAUAUUGUAAUCCAAUGGAGUUCAGUUUUUGACUUGUGAUCGGUUUUAAUUGUUGUCUGAGUGAUGUGCACAUCUUGUAAAAGUGAUAUGAUGGGUUUGUGGACGAAAUGGAUUGUACUUACAGUAAUAUUAGCUUAUUUUCAAAUAGCCGCUGGAGUCGAGCUAACCUUCGAAUUGCUUGAUAAUGCCAAAGACUGUUUCUACGAAGAUAUUAAAUUAAAUACAUCUGUUUCACUUGAAUUCCAGGUGGUAACAGGAGGGUCAUACGAUGUAGAUGUUACCCUGGAAGAUCCGACGAGAGAGAUAAUCUAUCGACAAGUCAAGUCUCAGUUUGACACCCACAUGUUCACCACAGUCAAGGAAGGCACGUACGCCGUGUGUUUCAGCAAUGAGUUCUCCACUUUCAGUCACAAGCUGGUCUACAUGGAUCUCCAGGUCGGGGACGAACCACCGUUGCCAGGGGUGGGGGAACACGCCACCGUUAUGACACAGAUGGAAAUGUCUGCUCAAGAAAUCCACCAGUCUCUGAAGAGCAUCAUAGACUAUCAGACGCACCACCGGCUACGAGAGGCUCAAGGGAGAAAACGAGCGGAAGAUCUCAACGAUAGAGUAUUUUGGUGGUCGCUCAUGGAAACUGUCUUGAUCCUUUUUGUAUCCAUAGGCCAAGUAUUUAUAGUAAAAAAUUUUUUCACAGAAAGAAAACCGACAACAUACAACCGGUUAUAGGAUUAAAGUGUUAAACGUUUUGUUGAUUGUUUAUACUUAAGUCUUCUUUCUCGGUUAAGACUGAGUGAAAGGUUUUAGGUUAAGAACACCAUCUCAUAUUUAUACAGUACACUUAGCAGUUCAUUAGUAGUAGUUUCAUUGGAUUGUUCAUGGAUAUAAAUUUCAAGUAGUUUUCCCACUUGUCUGUUAGGUUGUGAUGUGAAUUUUCAUGUUCUUCGAGUUCCAGUAUUGCUAAGUCAAUUCAAUUUGUCAAACCGUUUUUUGAUGUGCAUUGAAGUGUUUUGUAAUUGUGAAUAAAAAACUGAAAAUUACAAAAUUCAUACUAGGUAUCCAGGGAAAUUUUAGAAUACUCACGCCAAAGUAAAAACCUUAAUAUAUUUGUCGUGAUCAAUUUGAUUCAAUUGAAAGGGUCAAGUUCAAAAGGAAAAUCAUUAUUCACUUUGUUUAUAUUUGUACGGUUUAGUUCAUGUACCUAAUUAUUAUUUUACAUUUUUCUAAUUGUUUUAUUUUCACCCAAAGUUUAUCUUAAGUUUUGACACAAAGUUAGAUUUUUUGUUUGGUAAGCUACACCUACGCAAAAUAUUUUGUUUACAUAUUACAACUAAAUUAUAUGAGAUUUUCUGGUUUUUAUGGGUAUGAUUUACAUGUGAAUUAAUUCUGUAUCUAUCUUAAUAUUGUGUGUUAGACUCUAGAAAUACUUCAAUAAAGCUUGGAAACCUAAUUUUACAAUUGUUGUUAGGUAAUGUUUAGAUCAAUUGGCUUGCUGUUAAAAUAUCUUGGGAAGCAAAACAGUUUCUAUUUCAAGUGCCAAGAUUUGUUCAUGUGCUAAGAAUAGGAGCCCUCCUAUUUUUGGUAAAGAGUCAAGGAAUAAUUUUGACAGGUUGAUUUGAAUUAUUUGAAAUUUGUCCUAUUAUUUAUAGCAACUCAAAUUUUAUUGAACUGUCUCCAUUAUUAAAAUAUCCAGUUUGUACAGGC